AUGGAAACUGUUCCAUCUCUGAUAGCAUUUGGGGCACUGGCUCCAUGGCCUAGCUUAAAUUGGCAGGUCCGACUCAGGGCUACUCUGAAAGAAAAUCGAGCACUGGAACCAAUAGUCGCCGCUGUACUCGAGCUUCCUUUGCUAUGGGAAGCGUUGCGCCGGAACGAUGACCAUCUAGACCAGUUUUCCGGCAAAGCUGCAGCAGAAGACUUGGCGAAAUGGCUGGCGGAGGAUACUGAUGACCGCCAAUCCCAGGAGAACCGCAACGCCAUGACCAUGCCCAUUACUGUUAUCUCACAUAUAGUCCAGUACCUGGAAUUUCUGCGGCGAAGCGACAACUCCGUCGAUCAUGCUUCGUUGCUGGAGCACGUCGCCAAGCGAGGUGGCAUUCAAGGCUUCUGUGCCGGACUGCUCAGCGCUCUGGCAGUAGCCAGCGCAAGGCACGUAUCAGAUGUUGGGCUUUAUGCCGCGAGCUCGAUUCGACUUGCCUUUUGCGCUGGAGUGUAUGUCGACAUGGACCAGGAACGCUCCACGCGGUUCACAAAGCUUGCUGUACGAUGGCCACGAGGAAUGCUAUGCUCCACGAUUGAGCAAGUGCUGACAAAAUUUCCGGAUACAUACAUCAGCGUGCUGCGAGACGAGAGAGAUGCCACCAUUACGUGUCCGGAGUCAGCACUCAAGCAAUUACAAGAAGCCUUGGCUCGCGAGGGAGUUUCCACUCGUGAUACCGGCUCACUCGGCCGUUACCACCAUGAAGCAUACAGAGGAAUACCCGAACACAUCUUGAAAGUCUGUGGCCCGCAUCUUGAGCCUGCUUUCACCAACGUCAGCCUCGUACUUUCCAACACAGAUGGAACGCCGUUUCAGGAGAAUAACGUUGUCAUCAUGGUGCUACGCAGCCUGUUAGAGGACCAAGCGAAUUGGCACGACACCAUGUCAAAAGCUGCUGCCACUUUCGCUGCAGGAGAUUUUGGAUCGUACAUACUUGGAAUAGGCACGGACGCAAUACCACAGUCGGUGGCGAGACACGCACACACUCGCAGAAUGGCCACUAACACCAGUGACCUUACGGAUGUAAUGCCGCCAAGGACACACCGGGCGUCAAUAUCAUUCACGCCCUCGAUAAAUGACAAUAACCCCAAACACGCCAUUGCCGUUAUUGGUAUGGCCUGUAAAUUCCCGGGUGCCGAUUCUGUGGACGAGUUUUGGAGUCUUCUUCUCCAAAAAAGGUCCAUGUUGUCAAAGAUGCCGGCAGAGCGCUUCAAAUCAGGGGCUUCCUCAAGAUCAAAUGAUGACAUCAAAUUUUGGGGCAACUUCAUUGCUGACAUCGAUGCUUGGGACAACAAGUUUUUCAGAAAAUCUGCCAGAGAAGCCCUCUCGACUGACCCGCAGCAGCGGCAUCUUCUGCAAGUCACAUAUCAGGCUCUCCAGGACUCUGGCUACUUUUCCAAUGUCUCACAGCCUCGAGACAUCGGUGCCUACAUAGGAGCCUGCUCUUCCGAUUACGACUUCAACGUAGCCUCACAUCCUCCCACUGCAUAUACUACAAUCGGAACUCUUCGAGCGUUCUUGAGUGGCAAGAUCUCGCAUCAUUUUGGGUGGUCUGGGCCGUCCCUGACUUUUGACACAGCUUGCUCUUCAUCAGCUGUUGCAAUACAUACAGCCUGCAAAGCUCUUCAGAGCGGUGAAUGCUCGCAAGCUAUUGCUGGCGGCGCAACUCUCUUCAGCAGCCCGUACCUGUACGAGAAUCUGGCAGCUGCUCAUUUCCUCAGCCCAAGCGGUGCGACGAAGCCAUUUGAUGCAGGCGCAGAUGGGUACUGUCGCGGCGAAGGCGUAGGUGUCGUGGUGCUGAAGAGAUUGGAUGAUGCAAUUGCAGAUGGAGAUGCAAUACGUGGUCUGAUCCUUGGCUCAGCUGUCAAUCAGAACAGCAAUUGCGUUCCCAUAACGGUGCCGCACUCGGAGUCUCAAGCCUCACUGUAUCGCAAGGUAGCCAAGGAAGCCGGCAUAAAUCCUCACAGCAUCGACUUUGUCGAGGCACACGGGACUGGGACACCGGUGGGCGACCCCAUAGAGAUGGAAAGCAUUCGAGAAGCUUUCGCCGGCGCUACUCACAGAAGCUCGCCGUUAUUCGUGUCUUCGGUCAAAGGUGCGAUCGGUCAUCUAGAAGGCGCUUCCGGAGUUGCAGCACUCAUCAAGGCCAUCUUGCAACUAGAGCAUAGAGAAGUGGUCCCACAAGCAUCGUUCACCACACUGAACCCACGCAUUCCGCCGCUUGACCCGAAUCACAUACGUAUACCGACCUCAGCACAGAAGCUUGGCCAACAGCGUCUGACCGCUUGUGUGAACAAUUACGGUGCAGCUGGUAGCAAUGCUACUCUGAUGCUGUCGGAGGCGCCACGUCGCCAACCUAGAUCUCCGAGCUCCGGCAUUGCGGAGAGAUAUCCCAUCAUGCUGUCUGCAGCGUCCCCAGGUAGCUUGAUCGCAUAUUGCAAAGCGUUGAACACGUUUGUGUCCUCGUGGCGCGGGUCGCAUGCACCUGCUGAACAUUCCAAGCUUCUACCCGAUCUGGCAUACAGCCUUUCGAGGCAUCAGGAUCAAUCUCAUACACACGCCCUCGCCUUUACAACUGCAUCCGCAAAUCUUGGAGAGCUGCAGGCUCAGCUGCAGAAGCAGACGGUAGAACACAACACUAUCACAGAAGUGCGACAGCAGCCUCCGCUAAUUCUGUGCUUUGGAGGCCAAGGCGCAGACUCAGUUGCGCUCGACCAACGAGUCUGGGAGUCUUCGACUAUACUACGCCGUCACUUGGACCGUUGCCAUGAUUUACUGCUUGAAAUGGGCUAUCCGGGCAUCUACCCAUACAUUUUCCAAACAGAGCCCGUCACGGACGUUAUUGCGCACAAUUCGAUCCUGUUUGCUAUGCAAUACGCCAGCGCCCAGUCAUGGAUCGAUGCGGGCCUGCAAGUUGAUUGUCUGGUGGGACAUAGCCUUGGCCAACUUACCGCUCUGAGUGUUUCUGGCAUCCUGACACUUCGAGAUGGUCUGAAAUUUGUCGCUGGCAGAGCCGCCUUGAUGGUACAGCGAUGGGGCCCAGAGCCUGGCUCAAUGGUCGUGCUAGAUGCGGAUGAGGAGAAGACUUGUCAGAUGACUUCAGCUCUCACCGAACACAAUCCUCACCAUCAGUACGAAAUCGCUUGCUACAAUGGCCCAAAAUGUCACGUGGUGGUUGGCGACCGGAUGUCUGCCGCAGCCUUGAUUGACGAGGCCACAAAGAUUGGCAUGCGACACAAAGCACUCGAUGUGAAGUAUGGCUUCCACUCGCGCUUCACAGACGACCUUUAUCCCGAGCUAGACCAGCUCGCAGCUUCACUUGAGAUCCAAAAACCAAAAAUCGCUCUCGAAAGCUGUACUAAGGACAGUAGCUGGGAUGCGCCGACCUCCAAACUCAUAGCAGCUCACACACGAGACCCAGUGUACUUCAAGCAAGCUGUACAGCGCGUGAGCGAGCGGCUAGGUCCGUGUACCUGGCUCGAAGCUGGUUCUAACUCCACAGUCAUCGGUCUUGCAGCACGAAUCGUGGGCGUCUCCAGCGAUGUUCCAAACAAAUUUCUGCCUGUUGCAUUGAACAAGCCAAAUUCUCUCGAAAGUCUGGCAGAUACCACAGUUGACUUGCGGAAGCGUGGCCAUAAGUUGCAAUUCUGGAACUUUCACCACUCGCAGCAAGCAGAUUAUGAUAUGCUGAGGCUACCGCCGUAUGAGUUCGAGAAGCAUAAGCACUGGCUGGAGCUUGUGAUCCCAGGGCCAGCGGAAAAUCUUUCGCAAUCCAAAGCACAGCCAUCUUCACCACAAUUGCCAGCAACACUCAUCAGCUUGAUUAAGUCCGAUUGGCAAGGUCAUCGUUUUGCCAUCAAUCCUCGUAGUCCAGAAUUCGAGAUACUGGCCAAAGGGCAUAACGUUUUGGGCAAACGUUCCUGCCCUCCCUCAAUCUAUAUCGACCUUGCAGCACGCGCUGCGUGUCAUGUCAGGCGUGACCACCAAGAUCAAGUGUUGCCAGAGGUCACUGGCCUGCAGAUCGGACCGUCCAUGAGUCUGGACGCAGAAGGCAGCAUCGAGCUCCUGCUUCAGCCUUUCGGAGCCGAUUGGAGAUUCUCGCUCAAGACCGUUGGCCCUGAUAGCAAAUAUACUGAGCACGCUUCAGGUACAGUGGGCUUGCAGACCAAGGAUGCUGCCAUGGAAGCCGACUUUGUACGCUUUGAGAGACUUGCCAAUCGCGAUCUCAUCACUACUCUUCUCCGAGAUGCGGAAGAAUCCCUUUCAGGAUCGAUGGUGUAUAAAGUCUUGUCAUCACUUGUGGACUACGCUGAGCACUACCGAGGAGUUCGCCAUGUCUGCGCACGGAGCCAGCAAGUUGCUGGGAAAGUUGUCUUGCCCAAGGAGCUUGCAAAUUGUUUGUACGAGGGCAGCAUCAUCAAUACCGCGCUGCUCAACUACUUCACACAGGUUGCAGGCAUAUAUGCCAAUUUCAUGUGCAAUCAGCCGGAAGGACAUAUCUUCAAAUUAUCCAGUGUCGAUGUCGUUCGGACAGGCCCCAGUUUUCAGCCACUGAGCGCAAAUAGCUUCUCCGAGGCUGUCUACGAAGUCCUUGUAUACGCUUCUCCUGGAUCUCAAGAAAUCGCCAACGACAUCUUCGUCUAUGAUGCGGCUACUGGCAGGCUUAUGCUUUAUAUCCUGGGCGCUGUUUUCAAGAGUUCAGAGCUAGUACCGACAGCAACAGUACAUGCUGUUACUCCUUCGCUGGAGCCCACAGCCACAAUGACAAGAUCGCACAAUCCAGAAGCGCCUUCCCUAGCUGGAAAGGGUACCGUCACAUUGAAUGAUCCUGUUCAAAGAAAGCCCGUUCCGCCUAACUCCACGGUCUCAAGUCAUGCAACAAAAGACACGAAAGCUAUUAUCCACGCACGACUGUGUUAUAUAUUGCAAGAACUUGCAGAUAUCCGACCCGCAGAUGUCACAGGAAGUGCCACUUUCGAUGGCCUGGGCAUUGAUUCGCUGAUGAUCAUGGAGAUCGUUGGUGAACUCGCAAAAGCAUUCAGCCUCGAACUGUACCUGGACGAUGUGGUAGAACUUGAGAACAUGGACGCACUACUUGCGUACCUGGAGCGAAGAGGCUGUGGCAGUGCCAAAGCUGAAACUUUCGAGUCUGAUGCUCGCCGUCAAAGUGAAACCUCAACAACAGAGCUAUCGCCACGGACUUCUCGUGCCAUGUCGUAUGGCUCAAUAGCCACACCCCUUACUCCAGCUUCUGAGAUUGCGUGGCAGAGUGGCGACCUGCCAUCCCAUCUCUCCGCAUUGGUUUGCGCAUAUCUCCACCUCGAUACUGAGCUGCAUGGGCCAGAAAAUUUGGCUGAUGUGGGCUUUGACUCCCUCGUUGCGAUUGAGAUCACAAGCGACAUCAGAAGACAAUUCUCCUUGGUGGUUGAUCUUGAGGAUCUUGAUGAACGUUCAACCUUUGCGGACCUCGUGCGUCUUGUCACUGGGGAGAAGAUGCCAACUUCACCAGCUAUCGCAGACCCUACGAAAUGUGAAAGGCCCGCGACUGCUCCUCACAACAUGCCACCGCAUCCAGUACAUGCUCCAGAGUCGCGGAACGAUGUUGCAGUCUCAACACUAUUCGAUAAUGUCAGACUAAAGUUUGAUACGUAUGCAGAGCAGACUGGAUUCCAAGGGUUCUGGACACAAGUAUGUCCUCUCCAGAGUCACCUAGUUGUGGCGUACGUGGUCGAGGCACUGGAAAAGCUCGGAUGUGACUUAAAGGCUCUAUCUAGUGGCCAAAAGGUUCCACCCAUCCAAGUAGAGAACAAACACAAGCACUUAAUGGCCAGAAUGGAACUCAUCCUCGCUGAUGCUGGACUGCUAGAGCCACGAAACAACAGCUAUUUCCGAACGGAAAAGCCCAUGCCCAAAGAACCAUCGUCAGCUCUCUUCACAGAAAUGCUCGCUCGCCACCCACAACACACAUCCGAAACCAAACUCCUCAACAUCACAGCGUCCAAUCUUGCCGCCUGCCUAACAGGCACAGCUGACCCACUGAGACUCCUCUUCGCCGACCCCGUAAACAAAGAAAUCCUCGCCGACGUCUACGACUCAGCUCCCAUGUGCCAAGCCAUAACCCGCCUCCUCGCCGACUACCUCUCUCAAAUCCUGUCCAGCCCCCAUUACUCUCCAUCAUCAUCAACAACAGAACCCUUCCGAAUCUGCGAAGUCGGAGCCGGAACAGGCGCAACAGCACGCCACAUCAUCGCCUUCCUCGAAACCCUUGGUAUAAAUUUCGAAUACCACUUCACCGAUAUCUCAGGCGCAUUAGUCUCAGCCGCCAAACGCAAAUUCCGCAACCUACCCGGUUUCGAUAAGAUGGUCUUCUCAAAUCUAGAUUGCAAUGCGCUACCUGCUGAAGAACUUAAAGGGAAAUUCGAUGUUGUUAUAGCCACGAAUUGUAUUCAUGCUACUCCGCAUGCGAGCCGAUCGGCGAAGAAUGUGAAAGCGCUACUCAAAAAUGAUGGAGUCUUUUGUUUGGUGGAGUUUACGAGGUCGUUGUAUUGGUUUGAUUUAGUCUAUGGCUUGCUAGAAGGAUGGUGGUUAUUCGACGAUGGGAGGACGCACGCGCUUGCUGAUGAGCACUUUUGGAAUAAGAGUCUGCGAGAUGCUGGUUUUGGUCAUGUCAGUUGGACAAGUGGGGAUACGUUGGAAAGUCAGACUAUGAGACUGAUUUGUGCUUUCCCUUGA